GAGACACGUAUAAAUGCGCACUGCCUCGCUUCUAUAGCGGCUGUCCGCCGAAACCGCGCUCCACUCAAUCACACAUACGCGCACUCGAAGAAAACAAUACAUAAAAUCUUUUUCAGUUAACUGAAAAUCUUCAUAAAAUCAACUAUGAAUAACCCCGCUUUGUUCGAGCAAACUAACUUCGUCUCGAAGAGGGAUGCACUCAACUUUUUAGACGACAUCUCCCCUAAACUAAAGUGGAAGAAGAGUAUCAGCAACGUUCUGGACAUUGGAUCUGGAGAUGGAAGUGUCACCAGCAUGCUGAAGAAGUACAUCCCGACUGACUUCAAGCUGCUCGGCAGUGACAUCAGCGAGAAGAUGGUGAACUUCGCCAAUGACCACCAUUCCAAUGAACAGACCUCGUUUACAGUGCUGGACAUCGCAGGAAAUAUUCCCGAAGACAUGAAGGGAAAAUUCGACCAUGUUUUUUCCUCCUACGCCUUGCACUGGGUCUCGGAUCAAGAGCGCGCAUUCAGAAAUAUUUACGAUUUGCUGAGUAGAGAUGGAGAAUGCUUCACGAUAUUCAUCGCAAACGCACCCCUGUUUGACUUGUACCGCAUUUUAUCGCGUAACACUAAAUGGAGCACUCUGCUUAAAGAUGCUGAGAAAUACAUAUCGCCAUAUCACGACUCACAGGAUCCAGUGAAAGAUAUGAGGAAAAUAUUGGAAAAAGUUGGAUACGUGGACUACGAGGUGAAAUGCAAAAACUUGUCGUAUAUUUUCAAUAACUUUGGCACUUAUUGGAAAGGCUUUCAAGCAGUCAGCCCAUUCAACAUCCCGAAGGAUAUGGAAGAAGAUUUCAAGCAAGAUUACUUAAAUGUUUUAAAAGAUAUGAAUAUUGUGCCCAAGUAUAAUACCGAUGAAGCCAGUUUUAACUAUAAACAUCGGUUGCUAUUCGUUCAUGCUCGCAAGCCGGCCUCAGAAUUUUAGGGAAAAACAAAUCAACAAACAGUAGUUUUUAAACAGGUUAUUUUGUUAAUAAAUUUGUUUUAGAUUUUAAUUUGUUGAAUAUAUUUAUAAUUUUUAGUUUUAAGAUGUAAGAGGUUAAGGCAAUAUUCGAUAUCAGUUUGAGAUUGCUUCAUGUUCUGUUCAGGGAAUAAACUAAUCAUGAUCACAUGCUUACAAAACUAUUUGCGAUGUUGGACCUACUUACUGUAUUUGCGAUGUUAUUAUUUAUUGUAUUCCAUAUUA